CCAAAAUAUCACUGCUUCGUGUUUUUCUUCUCAUUCAAGAUCUCACAUAAAAACUUGGCCGCGACUUGCGUCAAGAAGAAGAGGUGUGAAAAAAGAUUCUCCUCGGCCAGCACCGUGCACCAAAUGAGACCAGAUGCUGAGGAGAUGAGGAGAUGAAGAUUCUUGAAAGCACCCAAAAGCUACAGUAGCUAAGGGGAUGCGUGAUGGAUGCAGGUAUUUCCAAAGCUCUUCCCUCAUAAUAACUGCUCUGCACACUAAGUCAAUAUAGUAGUUGUUGAUUGGCUACCUACCCCAAGGCGCUUAGUUGGUUGAAGAAUGGCGAAUGUCAGAUGAACCCAUCAACACACUCGAGAGUGCUGAACAUUUUUCCUACAUGUGGAGACCCCCCAAGUGGCAGAUGAUUCAAAAGGUUCCACGUUACACAAGGCCUUUUGUCAGCGACGAACAGUCACAGGCUCAAUCCAGUCAAAGAAAAAAAUCGAAUGGCCAAUCUUAGCACGUUGGACUUUCAUCAGGUUUAGACCGAAACAAGACUUGUUUCAGGGAGAAUCAGACUGAUACCGCUAGAGAUGUCGGGCAUUAUCACCAGAUGCGUUAUAAAAUCAGAGAAUCAGGACGCUAAAAAGCUUGUACAUGGAGGUCUGAAGUAGAAGAAGCAUCUGGAGGAGAAUAGUUUGAUUCGGGCUUGGAGAUCAGAAACAAAUGUUUGCGUGUGAUGAUGAGGAGUGGAGGAAGUGGGCCCUGCGAUCUCUUUUUCGAGAAUAGGACAUCUCAGAAGGACCGUCCAUGAGAUGGCCAUAGACGAAGUGCAUGAAUUAUAUGUAGUACGGAUCAGAUUCCUCGUCACAAAGCGCACCAAAGUCACUGAAUUCUGCACAAAGGUUGCCAUAGUGGGCCGGCCUAACCUAAGGCCGAGGCUGAGGCCGAUUCGUGGGAUUCGUAUUCUCUCUGUCCGGACGCGAACAGAAGCGAGAGAGAAAGUCUCGACUGCGUUCGCUUGUUUCUCGUCGACGGGGCUGCCAUCUCGUUCCGGCUCGUGGCCCGAAACCUGGCAGAUUUGCAGGAAAGAGUGUGGAAGCUAAGAAAGGCGACCUCGUCGGAUGAGAGUGACGACUGCCAUGUUUGUAGUUCGAUUCAGUGCUCGACAUCGCAAGAUGGACGUAGUUGAUUAGUGAUCACGCUUCUCGCGGACAGUCUUCAGAAUGGAGUCCGACACGGAUUCUUCUUCUUCUUCUUCUGCUUCCCCCUCCUCCUCGUGCUCUCCAUCUCCUAAUCCUUUGAUUUCUUCGCUCAUGGUCGAGCUGCCCUGCAAGAAAGAGAUGGUUUUCAUCCAUGACCUGCACCGGCAUGCAUAUGGUUUUGACUACAAGGCAUGUCUAAGACAUCUCCGUUACAACCGCGGAUUCUCCCAACCCAGCAGACAUUUAUCACAAUCGAGCAGAAAUCUAGGCGGAGGACAGAAGCUGGAGAUGGGCAAAGCUUCCGGCUCCAAGUCUGGAAAGUUCUAGACCACAAAGUAAUUCUCAAGGGCCCUCCUUAGAUCUAUCGCUAUCUCUAUCUUACUACUUCUCGUGCUAGCUAGCUGGUCAACAUCUCGUGGGUUUUGUAAUCCUUUAUACUUUCUGUAUUAUUAGAAGAAGCGGCGUUGAUGAAGGACGACGUAGAUCAGAUACACUCGUGGAUAGGGAUUUGAACUAGGGACACAAGCUGUAGAGUAGAAGCAGAGUUUCAAUGCGUAGGGAACCUCAAUGUCUCAAUGAAAGCUUGAACUUCACUUGGAUUUCAUUAGAAAGCUCAAAGUGAGAGAUUUUUGCCCAGUUUACAGUCCAGUCGGCGGUGACAAUCCCCGCAGGCCUGAAAUGAAAGACGAGCGGAAGUGCCAUGAUUGUCAUAUGCUUCACUGUACACAUGGACCGAAGCCAGGCACACGCCAUGGCUUUGGACGACGAGGUCAUGGAGAGUUGUCACUGUGGGAUUGACACUGGAUCAAAGUGGGUGGAUCAAUCCUCGACGGACCGUCGAGGAGGACAACAACUGCAGGGGCUUAAGUCUGU